UGUUCAUGUACAUUCCAGUUGAAGCAUGGAUUUCUCUGCAGUUCCUUACAAUCUUCAUGAUGAAAUUCUUGGUUAUGGCGAGCAUAUAUACGGCAGUGAAGCAAUUGGUGACUCCUCACUGCUUCAUGGCAGUGAAACAAUUGGUGAUCCCUCACUGCUUCAUGGCAGUGAGAUUGACGAGGCUGAGUAUGGCACUCAGGGCUCAAGUGGAGAGUUCCAGGAAAGCUCUACAAUUUUAAUGGAUGGCGGGGAUCAGUAUUUUGUGAAUGCUGUUCAUUUUGAUACCAUGGAAGAACUUGCAUGGGCUGGCAAUGCCGCGGGCCACGUGACAUCUUACUACCAUGCAACCAAUCCCACCAAAUACACAUCAUUUCAGGUGCAUAUGAGUGAAGACAUCAGAGACAUGUUCAGCCAUGAUGCUGGUCUGCUAUGUCUGACUCCAACCACUCUAAGUCUGCGCUCACGUUACGGUCUGCCGCAAUACACUUACAGAAGUGAUAAGUUCGAGAACCUGCAGACGCUGUGCUACCGACACCACACCAACCGAGUGCUGCUGGGGGGGCACCAGCCUACCGUUGUCGAGUUUGAUCUUGAAACUCAACAGGAAACUAACGCAGUUAGUGCUCUCUAUGUCUCAAAUGAAACUAACUCAGUUAGUGCUCUCUGUCUCUUACCACCUUAUCUUCUACGCUUCGUCCCCGGCAUGUCGAGCUGCAUCGCUGCCGUCUCCAACACAGGAAUGUGGAAUAUGCUUGACAUUAUGCAGCCUGAGACAGCUCUUCUUCUGCUGCACACUCAUGCCAAGCAGAACUCGAUGGUGGUGGCAGCAGCGGUGACGUGCAUGGCGGUGUCGUCCUCGUCUCAGGCUGUGCUCUUCGGGGACACGGCGGGACAUGUGCACCUCUGGACGCAGGGCGCCAAGCCUACUUAUAACAACUUCUCUAGGGAGUCGCCAUAUCCCAGCGACGUAGAGCCAGCGCCCUCGAUCCCCAUGACGGAUCAGUUCACCCCCUUGGGGACCAUCCCCCUCGCCAUCCCCGACCAACCCCUUCUGAUGGGCCGAGAGAUUGAGGACCAGCUACUGAUGGUGUACGACAUGCGUAUGAUGAAAGUGUCAGUGCCACUGCGGUGUUCAGUACCACCUUAUCUUCUGCGCUUCGUCCCCGGCAUGUCGAGCUGCAUCGCUGCCGUCUCCAACACAGGAAUGUGGAAUAUGCUUGACAUUAUGCAGCCUGAGACAGCUCUUCUUCUGCUGCACACUCAUGCCAAGCAGGCUGUGCUCUUCGGGGACACGGCGGGACACGUGCACCUCUGGACGCAGGGCGCCAAGCCUACUUAUAACAACUUCUCUAGGGAGUCGCCAUACCCCAGCGAUGUAGAGCCAGCGCCCUCAAUCCCCAUGACAGAUCAGUUCACCCCCUUGGGGUCCAUCCCCCUCGCCAUCCCCGACCAACCCCUUCUGUCAGACUGGCCUCCACACCUCAUGGCUGUCAAGUACAGACCAACUCCUCCUGUCGACCCGAAGAUUCUGGCCAACAUGAACAUGCAAGGACCAGUCGGCUACCAUCCCAACACCCUGGGCCACAACCGCAACAUUGUCCCGUAUAAGUCGUACCGGGGACGCCAGAAGAAUGGUCUUGACAGCAGCAGCAGCGACAGCAGCGUGAGCUUCAAGGUGCCGCCGUAUUAUCGAAGAAUUGAAAUCAAGUAUGGAAAGCUCGGCAUCGAUGACUUCGACUUUGACUUCUACAACAGGACGAGCUUUUCGGGGCUUGACAUGUCCCUACCCAACUCUUACUGCAACGCCAUGCUGCAGAUUUUCUACUACCUGCCUCCUCUACGGGCCGGUCUCCUCUCCCACUUAUGCUCCCGAGAAUUCUGCCUGGCGUGCGAGCUCGGCUUCCUCUUCCACAUGCUGGACAUCAGCAUGAACCAAGGGCAGCCCUGCAAUGCUGCUAACUUCCUCCGUGCCUUCAGAACCAUCCCUGAGGCGUCGGCCAUGAGUCUAACGCUCUCUGACACCGACAUCAGAGCCAAAGUGAACCUGCCUUCCAAAAUAAUGGGCUGGAACUGUUUUGUCCUACAGCAACUCAGCAACGAGCUGCAGGCCGAGCUCAAGGAGAAGGCUGAAGCUGCUGGCACCUCGGACGAGAUGAACCUUGUGGAUGCAGUGUUCGGGUGUGGCGUGUCACGCGUGCAGCGCUGUAGCCGUUGCAGUCACACGCUCACCGCCCCCACCACGGCGCUGCUGCACAACCUGUCCCUGCAGGAGACCAUGCCUGAGCUGAAGCUGAGGCAUGGAGCGAUGGGAGCUGUGCCGUUCAGCGCGGUGGUGGAGGCUGGUGUGCGUCAGAGCAUCAGCAAGACUUCCUAUUGUGACGAGUGCAGGAAAUAUCUGCCCCACCAACAGCUGCGUUCUUAUCAGUCCCUCCCCAACACAUUGGUGCUCAAUACAGGCGUGGACAACCCGCAGGAUCUGUCGUACUGGCAGGAGCAGCAGAGGCUCGUGCUGAAGAAGUCCUGCGAGGCGCCCAAGGCGACCGCUGACGAGGACGCCAAAAGCGGCGCGGCAUCUGCCGCUGCUUCAGCGGUCCCGCCGGCCGGGAGCGUCAAGAUGUGCCGGUACCGCGGGAUGUGCGUGAGGCCGGACUGCAAAUUCUGGCAUCCCGGCCGCCCCAACGACCGCAGCGCCCCGCCCACUUAUGUGCCUGGUUCAGGUGACAUUCUAAGUCUGCUGGAGACGACCAUGGACCACGCGUGGGUGCCGCCGGGUCUCAGAGUUCUGCUCAAGGAAGAUGGUGACAUCUGCUUCAAAAACAUCGAACCUGACGAGGUAUUUGAAGCCAGCGUAGCAUGCAUGCAUUUUGUGCCCAGGCGUAGGAGACCAUUCAGGCGACCAGAUCCUAAGUACCGACUUGACUGCAGACGUAGGAGACCAUUCAGGCGACCAGAUCCUAAGUACCGACUUGUAUUACUGCAGGCGUGCUUGUGUAAACAAUGCUGGUAUCUCUUCAAUGACAUCAGCAUCGUGCCCAUCACAACACAAGAGGCGCUAUGGUUCCCUGUGUGGAAGCAGCCUUGUGUUCUGUAUUGGAUGAAGCGCACGUUACCCUCAAGUUUAGCCUCCCUCACACCGUCGUGUCCCAUCACAAGAGCUGCCUUCCUCAGCGACAAGGGCACGCCUGUCAAGAGGCUCACCUUCGUCCCUCUUGCCGAAGACGAACUUCCUGUCAGUGGUGCGUCUCAUUCAGGACAAGGACCUCUGGAAGGCACGCCGUUCCUCGAUGACUACAUCAGCACCCAGGAGCAGGUGGUUGACUACCUCACGCAGUUCUCAGGAAUCCAGCCCGGUGACUUGGACGCGAUGUACUCAGAGAAACACUUGACGCAACUCAAGAGCACCUACGUUAAGCUACGAUACUUGGUCUCGCAGGGCGUCAAGUUUGUUGGUCACGGACUUAAGAAUGACUUCAGAGUGAUCAAUAUGGUGGUCCCGCCUCAGCAGCUGCUCGACACUGUGCAUCUCUUCCACAUGCCCCACAACAGGAUGUUGUCUCUCAAGUUCCUCGCCUGGCAUUUCCUAAAGCUGAAAAUCCAGAGCGUGACGCACGACAGCAUCGAGGACGCGCGCACGGCUUUGGCGCUCUAUAAGAAGUACUGCGAACUUCAGGCCCGCGGCGUCUUCAGAGAAGAGCUGGAGACGCUCUACCAGGCAGGCAAGAAGGCGCAAUGGAAGGUCCCGGGAGAGGAGGAUGAGGAAUAGUAACUCUAGAGGUCCUCCUCGUUCAGGUGUUAUUGAUAAGCUGCAAUUCCACAACGCAAUCAUGGUUUAGGUGCGAGUUUAUCCUUUGGUCCCCGAAUGUUCAUGUUGAACAGUCGAACGAAAACAAAUAUUUUGCAUCCAAACGCCACGAGACGGCAGUUCGGCCGUGAGUUUUAUGCCACAGAACAAGAUAAAUAAUUCAUCAACCAGACGAUAUGGAGACGUAAUACUCCACUAAAGAGUCGUGAGCAGUCAUUUGCUGGGCUAAAUUAUUUCGCAGCUCCCAUUCUAUUUAUAUAGACUACGGACUAAAUUUCGUCACUAAACCAAACGUUUUUGGCUUCGUAUGUCUUGCAGGACAAAUUUAAUGUUAUUUUUAUUCAAUGCAGAGCUAAUGAUAAAACAAUAAUUGAAGGAUUUCGUUGUGCCAAUCAAGAUUUUGUAAGCCUAUCAAUGUACGCGCUUUCCAUGUUGGGUAUGCGGAUUCCCGUACGUCCACGAAGUCAGCCGAAUACGGACUUGAACUUCUUAAAAAAAAAUUGUUGCUAUAAUCUCUUGGCUACCGUGCAAAAUAUGAUCGCAACUUUCUCCGGCGGCAGAAAGACUAAUCCCAUCAUGAUGACUCUCGUUCUUUCUUCCAUUUAACUUAGUUUCCAAAUUUUAUUGAAUAUUUUAAAAGCCAAGGAAACGUCAUGUAAGCGCCUUCAUCAGUUCAAAGAUUUGAGGUAGCUGCGCUCGAAACGGAGAUAUGAAUUUAAUUGACGUUUUCUUUGCUUUUAAAUUCAGGGCGAACGUCCGAUUUAUGCAGACUAUGAUAAUAAAUUGUUGUCUCGCGUAUUCUACAGCCAGAUUUUAUAUGGCUCGUGUACCUGACGGAUAUUUCUUAGUCGAUUAUUUCGUUUAAUUUUCGUGCUUUUUUUUAAAGGC